CUUUGAGAGGGAGAGAGAGGGGGAGGAAAUGCCGCUGGGAAAAUAUUACUGUGACUACUGCGACAAACAAUUCCAAGACACAGCAGGCGCUCGUAAGCGUCAUCUCCAGGGUGUACAACACCAGAGAGCCAAAGCUCAAUGGUACGAUUCCUUCCGAGAUCCGAAUCAGCUUAAUCCAGAUUCCUUUGGGAAAGGAGUUUGCAAUCGGUUCGUACGAACGGGUUCAUGUCAGUAUGGUGAUUCUUGUAAAUAUUAUCAUCCAAAGCAAAACUUCCAGGACAAUAUGCAGUCAUCAAGUAUCCAGGGGAGUCAGCUAGGUGGGGGAGUUUCUUUGCCAGGUGAUAUGAUCAGAGACAACAUGAGAAUGUCACUGGGCAAUCUACCUCCGUCAUUGAAGCCUCCUCCAGAGGGUGGAUAUCCGCCUCUUCCAUUCAUUGACUGGGGAUAGGUCUACCAUUUCAUUGAGAAUUUCUUCUCUUGUGCCAGCAUUUUAAGUCAAAAUCGUUUUUUUUUUGGUUAUAUUUAGUCCCCAACAGCUGUUCCUGACAUGAUUGAUUUUAUUCUGGUGCAUAUGAUAUGGGUUUUUAUGGACUUGGGCCGCUUGUGUAUACUUCAGGCAAAGUUGAACAUGUAGAUGACACUAUUUAUGCGAGUCUAAGUGUGUUCUUGUUCUU